CGCCGCUCCGGCCCCGCUCCCGCCCCGGUCCCGCUCCCGAUCCCGGCCCCGCUCCCGGUCCCGUUCAGUCCCGGCCUGUCCCGUCCCGGUGCCGCCAUGACGCUCCUCGCCGCCGGCAGCCGGGCGGCCGCGCGCCUCCGCGGGCCCAAGAAUGCGCCGUGUGUCCUCUUUGCUGCUCGCCACGCCAGCGCCGCCACGAACCUCAAAGACGUCCUGGCCACCAUGAUCCCCAAGGAGCAGGCGAAGAUCAAGAGUUUCCGGCAGCAGCACGGCAACACGGCCAUCGGGCAGAUCACGGUGGACAUGGUGUACGGCGGCAUGAGGGGCAUGAAAGGGCUGAUCUACGAGACCUCUGUGCUGGAUCCUGAUGAGGGCAUCCGCUUCCGUGGGUACAGCAUUCCCGAGUGCCAGAAGAAACUGCCCAAAGCCUCCGGGGGAGAGGAGCCGCUGCCCGAGGGGCUCUUCUGGCUGCUGGUGACCGGCGAGAUCCCAACCCAGGAGCAGGUGACCUGGCUGUCCCGGGAGUGGGCCAAGCGUGCGGCUCUGCCCUCCCACGUGGUGACCAUGCUGGACAACUUCCCCACCAACCUGCACCCCAUGUCCCAGCUGAGCGCCGCCGUCACCGCCCUCAACAGCGAGAGCAAGUUCGCCCGCGCCUACGCCGAGGGCAUCCACCGCGCCAAGUACUGGGAGUUUGUGUACGAGGACGCCAUGGACCUGAUCGCGAAGCUGCCGUGCGUGGCCGCCAAGAUCUACCGCAACCUGUACCGGGAGGGCAGCGGCAUCGGGGCCAUCGACCCCAACCUCGACUGGUCCCACAACUUCACCAACAUGCUGGGCUACACCGACCCCCAGUUCAUCGAGCUGAUGCGGCUCUACCUCACCAUCCACAGUGACCACGAGGGAGGGAAUGUGAGUGCCCACACGAGCCACCUCGUGGGCAGCGCCUUGUCCGACCCGUACCUCGCCUUCGCCGCCGCCAUGAACGGGCUGGCUGGGCCCCUGCACGGCCUCGCCAACCAGGUGGGCACCCCUCCCUGUCCGUGUGUCCCUCUCCCUGUCAGUCUGUCCCUGCUCCUGUCUGUGUGUCCCUCUCCCUCACGGCGGGGCCCAGGCACUGGAGCUGCCCCCGCCGGGACCCUCCGGCCUGGCCGAGGAGUUUAA